AAGUGUAGCAGUAAUAAAAUCCAACAAGGACACAAGAUAUGGAUUGGAUUCUAUAGUUACACAUGAUGGAGUGAAAUUGCCAUGUUCUGCACUGGCAAAUUUGUCAUCGUUCAAACAAAAAUUUGGUUCUGAUGCUUAUGAUAAGCUAGAUGUGAUUGGCAUUGACGAGGCUCAAUUCUUUGAGGACCUUUAUGAUUUCUGUCGUGAAGCUGCUGAUCAUGAUGGAAAAAUUGUGGUAGUUGCUGGACUGGAUGGUGACUAUUUGAGGAGGAGCUUUGGUUCUGUGCUUGAUAUAAUUCCCCUGGCUGAUUCUGUUACUAAAUUAACUGCUCGAUGCGCAUUCUGUGGGAAACGUGCUUUCUUUACUUUAAGGAAGACGGAAGAGACACAGACAGAACUGAUUGGAGGAUCUGAUAUCUACAUGCCUGUUUGCCGCCAACACUAUGUUGGUGGACAAGUAGUUGUAGAAGCUGCUAGAAUUGUUCUAGAGUCACAGAAGUCUAAAUGUGAAUCAUUAUGUGUAGAGUAGUUCAGCCCUUCAAUGCUAUUAGGAAAUCUAGAUCUUCCUUGAGCAUUCAGCUGGAUUUGUUAAAGACUGCUUUGUAGUUGCACAUAGGAUCUUGAUCACUUGUGGCCCUGAUUGUAAUAUAGACAAUGCUGGGCUAUUUGUGCCAUCAAGAUGUAUGUUGGAAGGGAAAAAAUGGAGUUGGAAAUUGAUGAAUAUGUGGAUACUAUUUGAUUGUAUUAAGACUGAUGAUUUUUAAUCAUAUCUUGACAUGAUUGUGGCCUGAA